AUGCAAUCUCCUCUUCGAUUGUAUUCUGCCUAAAGAGCAUUCACUUGUAGGAAUAUGGAGACCAAACCUUCUUUUUUCAUUUCUAAAAGUAUGAUCAUCAAUCACUAUCCUUAAAGAGGCCAAAUAAUCAAAGAAACAGAAAGAAAUCGAUAAUCUCAACGAAUAAUUAUUAAUGGUCAAGCAAUCCAACAAUCUACUAUUCGAAGAAAACAAACAAUUAAAACAGCAAAUAUUGCACUUCGAGAAAUAAUUAAAUAAACAAGAAAAGUUACUCAUUUUGAAUAAACAAUCUAAGGCCGAAUCUAAACAUAGCGACUUAGAUUUACAAAUAAGAAUGAAAACAGAAGAAGUACCAUAAUUGUUAUACUAGACAUGUUCCGUUAUUGCAUAUCAAAAACAAAUCAAAGAUUUUAAGUCUAGAGACUAAUAUUAUUAGUAGCAAAUCGAGGAAUUAAAGAGAGACACAAGAAGAACAAAGCUACAAGAAUGUCAGGUUAAGUAUUAUACAUAUUGUUUAAGAUAGAAUGUAAGGUAAUCAAAGAAGUAUAUGAAAAAUUAAAAUUUAAAUACCAAGCAUUAAUGCAUUAAAUUUAAUUUAGUCAAAAAGAUGAAUUAUUGAGAGAUAACAUUAAAAUUAGUUAAGAAUUACUCAUUACUUAAUAAAAACUUUAAGAAUUAUAACUACACAAUAAGAAAAUUCAGCAAGACUUACACCAAUCUGAUUUUAAAAGAAUACGUAGUGAAAAGUUAGUGUUUGAUAAAGAAAAAGAGUUGAAACUAAUAUAGUUUGAAUAUAGUAAUCCAAAAAAAACAAUAAGUGAUUUAAAUCGAUAAUGGUAAAUCAGAUUAGAAAACCAAAAGUUAAUAUAGCAGUAACUUGAAGAUGAAUUGAGAUUAAGAAAUGAAAAAAUCAUCCUCUUAGAAAAGACUUUAAAAGAAGACAAGGCUGCUUAUCAACUUAAAGAGGCUUUUUACAAAAGGGAAAUUGAUAGUUUGAAUAUCCAAAUCGGAUAAUUAAAAGAAACUAUUUAACAUCUAGAAAAGGAGUAGAUGGUUGAACAAAGUUCGGAUGAAUAAGAGUCUAAAUCUGAAAAAUCGGAGAGAUAGACAUCCCAGUCUUACCAAAGACAAAAAACACAACUAUUAAUGAGUAGAAAAAAGAUUCAAAAAGUUAAUUCAUCUGAAGUAGAGAUCAUUGGAAAAGAGAUAGCAUUGAAAUUCUAACUAGCUUAAAUACCAUUCUCUAGAUUAGACUCUUACAUUUAUUCUAAAUCAUCGAGAGGUAUAAUCAAUCUAAAUGAAAUCAAUGAAAUUCUUAAGCAAUCUCCAUUUGAUUUGCCAGAUGACUAAUCUUUAUUAGUGGCAAGGUUUCUUGCAGAACCUGAACAAGAGGAAUGGAUCUAUUAUGAUAGUUAUCAAACAAACGAUGUUGUAAUUGUUAUUAGUAUCUUCCGAAAUCUGGUUAAACCUUUUGAUUUGAUCAACCCUCAGCUCUACGACACCAUACAUCAAGAAUUAAAAUAGAUUUUCAGACUCAACAAGAAUAAGUUAAUUGACUAUCUCAUGCUAAAUGGUGAUAAUUGCGAUCUAAAUUACUUUAAGAAAGCAUUUGAGUAUUGUGACAUUCCUUUAAGUUAAGAAUAAGAAGCAUAUAUUGCAAUAAAAAUAUAUGAGAAGUAUAGGCGAAUUGUUAAUUUGAAAUACUAAGAAAUAAUUGAUUACUUCAAAUGA